GCCCACUGGCCGGUCUGCAGACUUGCAGAGGAGCGAUUCGGAGUCAGUGCUCUGGUUAAAAAAAUGCACUCUGAUGCGGCAAAAUUAGUUUUCCGCUGUUUGUAGCGCCCCGGCGAUCUUUGCCCCCCUUCCUGCCGAACCACUCAGCGGACCAGAGAUGGAGCUCCUUCGGGCCUGAGAACCGGGCGGAUUCCAGGGGAAACGUGCCCUGAAGGGCCCCCGUGGUUAAUUACCUCAGCGGUGCGUCUGGGCUGUUCGGCGGCCCGUGAACAGGGAUGGGGGCGGUGUGAUGGCAGCUGCCUGCUUUGGAGAAAGAGUUAUGAUAUAAUGAACCUGACCGAGGACAUUGGGCAGGACUCUCACCCAACAGAUUCCCGGCAGCACUGUAGCCCCUCCCCCUGCUGCUCCAUGCCCCCCAGGAAAAAAAGGAGACCCACUGCCGGGGAUGACCUGUCUGCUAAGAAGAGCCGCCCAGACAGCAUGUUCAGAAAACACGAGGCAUCACGAAUCAAAAAUGAGGACGUGUUCUCCAGCAAGCGCUGCCUGGAGUGGUUUUACGAAUACGCAGGAUGUGAUGAUGUCGUCGGGCCGGAGGGGAUGGAGAAGUUCUGUGAGGACAUUGGAGUUGAGCCCGAGAAUGUGGUGAUGCUGGUCUUGGCCUGGAAGCUGGAGGCCCAGAGCAUGGGGUACUUCACCCUGCAGGAGUGGCUCAAAGGAAUGGGGUCCCUACAGUGUGACUCCACAGAGAAACUGCGGAACUCUCUAGAAUACCUGAGGUCCAUACUCAACGACUCCACCAACUUUAAGCUCAUCUACAGAUACGCGUUCGACUUCGCACGGGAGAAGGACCAGCGGAGCUUAGACCUCAACACGGCCAAGUGCAUGCUGGGCCUGCUGCUGGGGAAGAGCUGGCCGCUGUUCCCCGUCUUCAACCAGUUCCUGGAGCAGUCCAAGUAUAAAGUGAUUAACAAAGACCAGUGGUGUAACGUGCUGGAGUUCAGCAGGACCAUCAAUCUGGAUCUGAGUAACUACGACGAAGACGGAGCAUGGCCCGUGCUGUUGGAUGAGUUUGUCGAGUGGUACAAAGCCAGGCCCAGCUCGCAGCACUGAGACACAGCUCCCGGACUCGGAGGACCCAGCCCUUAUGGGACUGAGCAUCUCUUCCCACAAUGCAAUCUGUCUCACCAACAGGGGAGGGGCGGGGCAGCCACGCCACGCUAAACCCCCCCACCCCUCCCCAAAGCAAAGAAUUCUUCCCCCUGGUGCAUUGUGGGUAAGCUCCACUCUGGGUCCCGGCCCUGCGCACUGUGAUGUGUGUUUUAUAAAUGAGUCACUUCCUGUCGCAUUUUUGUUUUUUCAUUUGAGGGAGGACUGGUGUCAGACUUCGGUUGCCAUGGCCACGGCCGUUAUGAAAUUUGUGUUUUGAACUUUGUUGGGUGUCCCCGCCGUGAAAUGAAGUUUUCAUUGUAUUCAUGAAACUCAUACUCAACCUUUUUUUUUUUGUUAACUUAAUAAUGCUGGUUUAUAAGACUGCGGUGAAAUGCCCAUGGGGAUUGUGGGUAAAGGAACCCCCCCACUAUCUGAACUUCUAUUGCAAUACUGAUCUACUACCAUCAGACUUUAACACACUGUCCCAUGGCUCACAAACCUUUAUUAACCCCUGAAUGCUGCCCUCUGCUGGAUCAGGAUGGUAUUGACACCUGAAGCCAAACUCCUCCUUCACACACACACACACACACACACACACACACACACCCCACCUCCUUCACACACACCCCACACCCCACCUCCUUCACACACACACACACACACACCCACCCCACACACCCCACCUCCUUCACACACACCCCACACCCCACCUCCUUCACACACACACACACACACACACCCCACCUCCUUCACACACACCCCACACCCCACCUCCUUCACACACACACACACACACACCCACCCCACACACCCCACCUCCUUCAUAUGCAUCCCGCCAAAUUCAGUGUCACAAAGAAUGUUCACAAACCGUUUCAACUUCAUGUUACCAUACAACUACAGUACUGCCGUGUGCGUGUGCACGCGCGUGUGUGUGUGUGUGUGUGUGUGUGUGUGUGUGUGUGUGUGUGUGUGUGAGAGAGAGAGGUGCUCAUGGUUGUGUCAUCAAGAGCUUCUCUCCAAUUGGCGCUGCCAUGAAGAGCUGCUCUGAUUGGCUGUCUUGUUAAGAGCCGCUCUCUGAUUGGCUGUCUUGUUAAGAGCCGCUCUCUGAUUGGCUGUGUCCUUAUGAGUCAGUGUAGUACAGGAAAUUGUAUCUUUUAAAAAAAUAUAUAAAUAUAAAUAAUUUUCUGUCUUUAUUGCUUUGGAAAUGAAAUGUGAAAAAUGUGCAGUUCUGACUCAUAUUUAUGAACUCAUCGCUGGGGGUGAAAGGUCACCUGGUCUCCCUCAGCAUCAUGGGAGCUCCGGCCGCACUCUGCCACACACCUGGCCAACCCCGCCCACUUUUCAACUCGUAAGUACUUUCUAACCAAUCGCAGACCUCCGUGCAGGAGUCCCCCGACCCUGGUCCUGGAGAGCCGCAGGGUGUGCUGGGACAGCGGUUUGUCACAGAGUUACCUCACAUCACUGGUUUCUGGGGUUUUAAAACGGGAGCCAGCCCCAAGGCUCUGCAGCACCAGGGCUUGUGACCCCUGAGCUCAGGUGUGGGCGGAGACUCACUGGCUGUUUGGCGGGCAGAGCCACGCCCUGAGGGUGACAGGUGUUAAUGUGUGACCCAUGGGGCCCCCCCCCCCCCCCCACACACACCCCUGUGUGUCCGCAGCUGACCCACAGGUCCGUGGGCAGGAUGUAUAUGGACUGUAUAUAUGUAUGGAUGUUUGUAUCUGUAUCUGUUUCCUCUGUAAUGGAUCUCUGGAGAAAUACAUGAGUUUAUUAACUAAGA